CGGGUCCGCGAGGCGCUGAGGGCCCGGGAGUCGGCUGGCGAGGUUAAAGUGCAGGGCUGGGUCCGCUCUGUCCGAUCCCAGAAGGAAGUUUUGUUCCUGCAUAUAAAUGAUGGGAGUUCUCUGGAAAACCUCCAGGUGGUUGCUGAUCCUAGCCUGGAAAAUAGAGACCUCACUUUUGGAAGCGCAGUGGAAGUGCAAGGAAAACUGGUCAAAAGUCCUCAUAGGAUGCAAAACAUGGAGCUGAAAGCUGAAACCAUCCGUGUGGUGGGACCUUGUGAUGCUUGGUCAUUCCCCCUGAAAAUGAAGAGGAGGCACCCACUGGAGUAUGUCCGACAAUUCCCUCACCUCCGAUGCAGAAACAACACGAUCGGCUCCCUCUUGAGAAUCCGCAGUGAAGCCACUGCAGCCAUCCACUCAUUCUUUCAGGAUAAUGGCUACGUGCAUAUUCAUACCCCCAUAAUUACAUCAAAUGACUGUGAAGGUGCUGGGGAACUCUUUCAAAUUGAGAUGUCAAAUGAGGCAAGGGAAUCUGCGGAAAAGACCCAUUUCUUCAAUGUACCUGCCUUCCUGACAGUUUCUGGCCAGCUCCAUUUGGAAGUGAUGGCAGG